AAAGCGAGCAGUAUGACGGCUUUUAAUACAUAGACGGCUCUCUGCUUUCCUCCCAGCUUAAAAAUCUAUAAAAACUCAAGGCCUCUCGCACUAAGUCCUGGCUUCAAAAUAGGGACAAAGAAAAACAAAUACGGGAUUGGUUGUGUGUGGACAAGGUGCUGGGAGUUGUCUGAUUAAAGUGCUGCGCUUUUCUAAGUAUUGCGGUGCAUUGCUGCACAUUUGGAGCGUUCCCCGGGAGCAGUUCGAGCUGCGGGCGCGGACGGCAGCGGGCUCCGGACUGGCGCGAGGCUUUGUGACGGCAGCGGUCUCCCGGCUGGCGCGAGGCUGAGUGACGGCAGUUGGAAUUGGGGUCCGGGCGCAAGCUACAAUGGGGCUCCCCACUUUGGAGUUCACCGAUUGUUCCCUGGACAGCCCGGAUUUCAGGGAUCGACUGAAAGCACAUGAAAUCGAGCUCGAGCGCACCAACAAGUUCAUCAAGGAGCUGAUUAAAGACGGCCUUAUGCUGAUUAACGCGCUGAAAAAUCUGUCUGCAGCUGUUCAGAGGUUUUCACAGUCAUUGCAGGAUUUUCAGUUUGAGUGCAUUGGUGAUGCAGAGACUGAUGAUGAAAUUAAUAUUGCUCAGUCCUUCAAAGAGUUUGCACAGCUUCUCCAUACAGUUGAAGAGGAGCGAAGAAGAUUGAUUCAGAAUGCCAAUGAUGUUUUAAUUGCCCCACUGGAGAAGUUUCGUAAAGAUCAAAUUGGUGCAGCAAAGGAUGGGAAGAAAAAAUUUGAUAAAGAAAGUGAAAAAUACUAUUCUAUAUUGGAGAAGCAUUUGAAUCUGUCAUCAAGGAAAAAAGAAGCACAUUUACAAGAGGCUGACACACAAAUUGACAAGGAACGGCAGAAUUUUUAUGAAGCUUCAUUGGAGUAUGUGUUCAAAGUUCAAGAAGUUCAGGAAAAGAAGAAAUUUGAGUUUGUUGAACCUCUGUUAGCAUUUCUUCAAGGAUUAUUCACAUUCUACCAUGAAGGUUAUGAGCUUGCACAGGAAUUUGCACCUUACAAACAGCAGCUACAGUACAACCUGCAAAAUACCAGAAACAAUUUUGAAAGUACCAGACAGGAAGUGGAAAGACUGAUGCAAAGAAUGAAGUCAGCCCCUCAGGAUUACAAACCACCUGGCCAAUGGACAAUGGAGGGAUAUCUCUAUGUACAGGAAAAACGACCCCUUGGAUUUGCAUGGAUAAAACACUACUGUACCUACGACAAAGCAACAAAGACAUUUUCAAUGACCUUAUGUGAACCAAAGUCAGGGGGAAAAUUGAAUGGCCUUGUAACAGCUUCAGAAAUGUUCAAACUGAAAUUUUGCAUUCGAAGGAAGACGGACUCGAUUGAUAAGCGCUUCUGUUUUGAUAUUGAAGUGGUGGAAAGGCAUGGCAUCGUUACACUCCAGGCUCAGUCUGAAGCAAACAGAAAACUUUGGUUAGAAGCAAUGGAUGGAAAGGAACCAAUAUACACUCUGCCUCCUCUUAGCAAGAAAGAAGAAUUGUACCUUAAUGAGGCUGGUUUUAAUUUUGUAAAGAAGUGCAUUGAAGCUGUGGAGACAAGAGGUAUUAAUGCCAUGGGAUUGUACAGAAUGAGUGGAGUAAAUUCCAAAGUCCAGAAGCUAAUGAACACUGUAUUUGCACCCAAAGCAGCUCCUGACAUGGAACUUGACACUGAAUUGUGGGACAUGAAGACAAUUACAAGUGGCCUUAAAAACUAUCUCAGAUGCCUUGUGGAACCAUUGAUGACUUACAAACUUCAUAAGGAUUUAAUUGCAGCUGUCAAGUCAGAUGACCAGAAUUAUAGAGUUCGUGCUGUUCACGCACUGGUUUAUAAACUGCCAGAAAAGAACAGAGAGAUGCUCGACCUUUUGCUAAAGCAUUUAGUGAAAGUAUCCACUCACAGUCAAAAAAACCUGAUGACUGUUUCCAACUUGGGUGUUAUUUUUGGACCAACAUUAAUGAGAUCCCAAGAGGAGACCGUAGCAGCUAUGAUGAACAUUAAAUUUCAGAACAUUGUGGUUGAGAUUCUGAUAGAGAAUUAUGAAAAGAUAUUCCACAGUCUACCUGACCCAAAUGUUCCUCUUCCUCAACCUGAGCAGAGGUCUGGAUCUAGGCGAAGCAAGGCAACUUGCCUGUCGACAGGCCCUAGAAGACCGAGAGGCAUCUACACCCCAACAUUGUGUCUAGCAGAUGCAGACAGUGACACUUUCAGCAGCAGCCCAGACAGUACACCAAUGGGAAGCAUAGAGUCUCUGUCCUCUCAUUCAUCAGAACUAAACAGUUCCUCUAAAACCAGCUCCUCCCAGCGUCAUUUGCACAGGGAGAUAGCAGAUAGCGGAAUACAAUGGGUGUCAGCACCUGCGUCAUUACCUGGACAAAAGGGCACAAUCGUCUGGACCACAAGCCCAGAAUCAAGCUCCAGUGAAGACACUGUUAAAACAGAUGGUCAGGCAGAUUCUCAGAGUCUGUUAUCUGUUUCCAAUGUAGAUAACACAUCUCAGCCAUUAAAUCUGUGCAGUGAAGGAUCCUAUAAAUAUACUGGACUUAAAAGAUCAGUAACGACUUCCUUAACUUCUCUCCCUACAACAGAUGGUACUAAUACUAGAACUUUUAGCAGUUCUGUUCAGAAUCUUUCUUCAAUGGAUUUAAAAGAUACACCUAAAACUGCAUCCAACCCAGCACUUCCUCCAAAGAUGACAAUUAGACGAAGACUAGACACAUCAACGAGCAAUGGCUAUCAGAAACCUGGAUCAGUGGUUGCCUCCAGAGCUCAGUUGUUUGAAAAUAUUGGUACUCCGAAACAAAUUUCCUCCAAACGCCAAGCCAAAGCUAUGUAUGCUUGUAAAGCAGAGCACAGUCAUGAACUUUCUUUCCCACAGGGGGCAAUGUUUACUAAUGUACAUGCAUCAGUGGAACCAGGCUGGCUACAGGGAACAUAUGAAGGCAAAACUGGACUGAUACCUGCAAAUUAUGUUGCCUUUCUUUGAUAACUGCUGGCAAGACUAGAAAAUCUCCAUGGUAUCCAUGGUGAACAAAAUGUUACAAACUGAAAAUGCAAUAUUCUAACACAGCUAAACAGAUGUAAGGCAGUCAGAAGUGUUGGAAUAUUUGCAUCUGAAGAAUAUAUGCCUUUUUAUGGUAUGGAGUACAGGAUUGUGGUCUACAUCAAUAAUUGUUUUAAUAAAAAUUACUAAUCUUAUUAGCCAUAGUUAUUGACAACAAUUCAUUUUGCAGUAUUGAAAAUGGAAAAAGUGAUCAAAUUUAAGUAUAUAUAAAUACAUACAUAUAUAUUUUAUAAAGUUGUAACAUUUGUAUUUCAAGACUCCCUGUUUUAAGUACCAAGUAUUGGAUAUGGGCUAUAUUAGAAAUGUAUGAACAAUGGAAGUUUUACCUUGCUGUGGAUUUUUGUGCACUUGUUAGGCAAAUGUCUCAUUGGAUGGAGAAAGGAAAAUGUAUAUAUAUUGAAUUAUCUCAGCCCGCUGUCUUCCUCUGCAAUAAAUAUGGCAAAGACUGCCAUGCUAGAGUGAGGGUUCCGAGCCACACUAGGUGUAAUGCCUCACACAGAAUUGAUCACCACAGCGUAAACCAUCAUCUUACAAGAUGGAAUGCUGUCACAUCGUAGCUACACAAAUUCUGCAUUUAUUUACAUCUGUGAUUUGAACCUAGCUGGCAUGAUUUUCUUACGGGCAGAAUUUCUGAUGCUUUUCCAGGCUAAAUAUCCCCAAAUUGUAUUUUUAAUUAUAAGUAAUCCAUUAACUUAAUUGAUCGGCCUUUGCAGUAGAGUAUAGGAUGCUGGUGAUCAUUUUUGGUUAGAUGUCACUCAAACAAGUUAUUGGAUGCUUUUCUUGAAUCUCAAAAGAUUAAUUUAUCCAAAGACGUCCUCAGUUACUUUAGCGUGGGUAACUAGUAAUAUAUCUCUAUUUCAAUAUUCAAGUAAAAACAUUACUGUUGUAUUUGGGGAAGAGGUAUGAAUUGUAAAUUUAACAUACUUUGGUUAACAAAGUAGUUGUGAUGCCAAAAUACUUGAGGACUAAUGAAUCCAAUGACACCAAAGAUUUAAGGUAGUGAUAAGAUACAAACAUCCAGUGUAGUGUUGAUCUUCAGUUAUCUGCAAAAAACUUCUCUCAGCAUGUCCAAUGUUCCAACAGUCCAGUGUUUGUUAUGAUCUAUUUGUUGCAUAUAAGAGAUCUAUGCAUUACCUUUCAGGCAAUUUCAGUUUCUCUUAGGUCAAAAUAAUGUUAACAUAUUUAUGUAAAUAUAUAUGUAUGACUUGUUCACAAUUGUGCUACAAAUCAAAAAAUAUUUUAUUUCUGUAAUUUUAAUUUGAAGUAUAAUUUUUUUGGGGGGAAAUGAUUGUGCUCACAAGAUUUCAGUACUUUUUGAAAGAAAAAAAUAACUGCCACACUUUGUGAAAAGGGCAGAGAGAAAAUUGUGCUAGCCUUGAGGAUAAACCGCACUUUUUACUCUAAUUUUAUUUUUUCCAGUACACUGGUGUAUUGGUGUCUUUUUUAAAUGUUGAUUUCCUUUCCUAGAUAUUAUAUAUCAUUCAAUGGUUACAUUGAUAGUUUAAAGUAUAUGUUGUCAAAUAGUUUAGUUGGUUUUAAUGUAUUUAAUUAUUAUGUCACAAAAUGCCGAGUGGUGUUCAACUGAAUUUUUUCUGUUCAUUCAAAAUUCUUUGUUUCAAAUUACCUGAUUGUACCUAUGGCUUGGUAUAUAGUUUAUACAAUUUUGCUAUCAUUUUGAAAAUGCUUGUACUUAUAGUACAAUGUAUUAAAAAAAAGUUAGACAUGUA